GCUUCCCGUACAUUUAACUGACGCAUGCACGCUAUGCGGAACUACAGUUGUAAACAAAAACGUAUUAUCGUUACGUUCGUUUUCUGAGCCCAAACGCAGAUAUAUCGCGCUGUGUGCCGUUUGUUCAAGAUGAGGUGUAUUGCUUAAUGAAGUGCCAGCUCAUCACUGUAACAUUCCUGCAUUGGUGACCCAGAGAAAUCAUAGCAACAGAAAUGUCACGAAAACAAACAGCAAAACCACUGCGGGGCAAUAAAAAGGGAGAACAAGAGCGCAAGCGGGAUGAGCGAGCGGCACGUCGAGCUAUCGCAAAAGAUCGCAAGAAUCGCCCUCAGGAUGGAGAUGAAGGUGCAGAAUUUGUCACUUUCUCCAAUCAGCUCCAGGCCCUCGGGCUCAAGCUGAGGGAAGUCCCUGGAGACGGGAACUGCCUGUUCAGAGCACUCGGUGAUCAGUUAGAGGGUCACUCUCGUGGUCACCUGCAGCUUCGCCAGGAGACGGUUCAGUACAUGAUGUCCCAUCGACAAGACUUUGAGCCUUUCGUUGAAGAUGACAUCCCCUUUGCACAACACUUGUCCAACCUCUCCCAGCCGGGUACGUUUGCUGGAAAUGAUGCAAUUGUAGCUUUUGCUCGCAGUCAGCAGGUGAAGGUGGUCAUCCAUCAGCUCAACACGCCGCUGUGGGAGAUAAAUGGUGCAGAGAAGCAGGCAUGUAGGGAAUUACACAUUGCUUAUCGCUAUGGAGAUCAUUAUGAUAGUGUGAGACGGACUGGAGACAACUCUGAGAGUCCUGCUCAACUCCGCUUAGAGAACCUGCAAAAUUCACACGGCCAACAGCGUGAAUUUGGAGAUGGUCAAGGUGACAGGCAGAAAAAAGCGUCUCCAGCAUCACAUGUAGAGGAAAAUGUGAUCCUGAGCUCCAUCAAGAAUCGUGCGAUCCAGGGUGAUGAAGAAAACCUGCUCCAACUUAGUGCGGCAACAAUCAACGCAGAAUGGCUUGCUGGUUCCGUGUUUGAUCGGUCUUGUCAGGAUAAGUGCACGUUUGUCUCCUGCUCAGCCUGCAGAGGAGCAUCCACAGACUGCAGUGAGCAUAAGCAGCCAGCAGAGGGCAACAUAACACAAAAAUCUAAGCUGACAAACAAGCAAAGGAAAGAGCAGCAGCGGCAAGAGAAGAAGAAGCGUCAAGAGGAGAGGCAUCGACAAAAGUUUCUUCAAAGUAAAGAAAGCCAGGAUCAGAACCAGAACCUCCCAGAGGCUGUCACUUUAGUACCAGCUCUCAACACUCUCAGUAUAUAGACUCAAGCAUGGCCAAGAGUUCCACACUGUUACUUCUUCAGCUACCAGUGGGUGUUCACUUUUGCACACAGUUGAAUAAAAUGAUAAAUAAUAAAUGACUCGCACUUGUAUAACGCCUCUCAGAGUAAGGACUCCAAAGCGCUUUACACUACAGUGUAUCAUUCACACACUGAUGGUGAUGAGCUACGAUGUAGCCACAGCUGCCCUGGGGCGCACUGACAGAGGCGAGGCGGCCAAAUUAUAGGAUUAUGUCACAGUGACAACCUUUUUGCUAAAGAGAACCAUCUUACAGUACACCAGUGCCUGCAGACUUGUGUAAAAGUUGGAAACGACAGAAUGACAGCGUGAUCAUGAGUGAAUGAGUGAUUUUCAGUGUUUUUGGGUUGUGUAUGUAGAAACUCCUCAGACCUGGUGCACCCACUUCACUGCGUAGCUCCUUUCCCUGCGGUACAUCUGUGUUUCCAUGACAACCAUGCAGAUAAUUCUGUGGAACCAGGCUGUUUGACUUCCCAAAGAACAGGUUGCCAUUCAUUCAGGUUGUCCUGUUUUGGAUUAAAUGAGGAUUCUUCUCUUGUAGGGAAUGUGGAAGUGCUUAAUAAAUAAAAGAUCAUUUACA